AUGCAGCUACAGCCCCCGGCCCAUGUUGUCCUUCCGAUGGUGGAGGCAGAUGUGGUUAUCGGCCAGCUGUCUCAAGAGGUGGGCUACAAACUGGGUCCAGACAAAAGGGCGCACGAGUCCUUCCACAUCCUGGGGGUCGCCCACGCUUUCGCAGGGCAAGUUCCGCUCCUGGCCGAAAUGGCCACUAUGGGCCAGGAGAGCCUUCUACGCGCACUAGGACUUCACUGCGAACUCCGUGCUGGGGCCAGGUUGCAGCUACUACUCACCUAUGUCCGACCUGCUGGGAUGCUCAGCGUGGGCGCCACAAGAAACAGUGCUCAAAGGGGCGAACGUGCCAGCUCCUACACGUUAGGCGCAUGA